AUGCUCAAAUCGGAUAUCGCUCUUAGUACGAAAGUAAAGGAUAGGAGGGAUUAUGAAAGGGAUUGCGCUUGUAAUGAUAACAACGCCAUCGGUGAUAUCCGCGAUAAUGAAAUUGAUAACGGCAACGAUACGGAUGAGUGUUCAUGUGAUCGGUGUUCAAAAUGGAACAAUCAAACUCAACUGUUCGUAUCGUCAACCGAGAAUACAUACGCUGAGAAAUGUGAUCCAGAUUGGACGGUGCAGUACGGUGAAUAUCCUACGAGUUUGGGGGCAUUAUGCGAGGUCUGUGCAGGACGACCUUUGCUGGAUGGAACUUGUUGUAGACAUAUUGCUCAGGAAACAUCGUCAACACUUGGUUCGUUGGACACUUCGUUUCACUCGUUCGCGGGCAAUUGCAGUACGAGGUCGAUCUCGCGAGAGAUCAGCUCGGAACGACUCUGCCGUAUAUGUCACUGCCCGUCCACUCCCGACGAUCAACUCAUAUCACCUUGUCGUUGCUCUGGAACUCUUCAAUUCGUCCAUAUGUCUUGUCUUUUACAUUGGUUAAGUAUAUGUUCGAGGAAGUUGAAACGUCCACCGAUUUGUGAGUUGUGUCUUUACAAGUAUCGUAAACGACGCACAUUCAAGUUGCGUAACAUUCGGUUGCCAUCAAUACCCCGCCGUGAUUUGGGCUAUUUGGCAGUGUUCAUUAUUGCUGUCACGUUGAUGUUCAUUUCGGCAGCGAUGUCUUUCGUUUGUUUUUACAUUGAACGCAAAUUUGGAAUUGUGAAAAAGAAUGAAACGUGCGUUUUCAUCGAUCCAUUUAUUCAAUGUCGUGGAUUUUAA